AUGAAAAUUAAAAUAUAACUAAAAAAGAGGGAAAAAUAAUUAAAGCAAACUCCCAAUUAAGAAUUUAGGUUGGUUGACAAGUGUUUGUAUUGAGAACAAAGACGAAUAAAUUGAAAAAUAAAAUGAUAUUGUAUGGUUUUUUCAUGUAAAAAAUUUAUUUCAAGAUAAAGGAACGCAUUUUAGAGAAUAGAUAUGCUGGACCGUAAAGGACUUGGAUCAAUCAAAUCAAUUAUAAACAUAUACAUAUAUUAUUAUCAAUUAGACUCAUCUCACUGAAUAAAAAAGAACAUCUAGCUUAUAAAGCGAAGAGAGUACGACAAUUGAUGAUUUAGAAUGGUCAAAUUAUUUAAAUACUUCUAUUAAGUUAGAGUGUUUCAGUACAUGUUUAAGCUGAUCAGAAUUAUUUAGGCUUCUGA